AUGUCGGCUUUUUAUCGCAUGUGUCACUGCUCCCUACUCGAAGUUCGACCUCAUCCAGUCACAAAACUGUCAGAAUGGAACAUGCAUUUGCAAGUUCUCGAGCAGGAUAGGCUUGACCAGCUGUUCCAGUCGGAAGUGCACGCGCAAGCAGCUGAACGCGCUGACGAACAAAGCCCAGACGAGAGAUUGGAAGAGCAGGAAGCGCCAGAUCUGCCCGCUAGGAGGCCUCGUUCGCAGCGAAACCGAGAUGCAGGGCGGGUUAAUGGGCGCGGCCAGCUACACAACAUAGACGUCGCAAAUCAUGAAACUAGUUCGGAGGCAGAUACCCCAAAUGACGUGCCGGAUAUUAUGGAGGACUCGGAUAGAUCAGAAAUUCUACCAGCUAGAAGACCUCGUGCAAGAAGACCACAGGCCAAUCCUAGGAGACAUCGCUCCAAUAUGGCCAACGUUAACAAUCGACCCAACCCCGCUGGUGCAUCCACGCAAGAGGCAGCGAGCGACUUUGAUGCACCUGAGACUGUAUCUAGCAGUGAUCCAGACGAACCAACUCUCCCUGCUAGAAGGCCACGAACCCAUCGCAGAUUGGCGGAACCCGAAUUACUACCUGAACACCAUACUAGCUCAGAUGAUCCUUCAAACCCACAUUUGCCGGCAUACUACCCUCAUAGACAACCAGCACAGAGCCGAAUCAACAAUCCCCAACAUCCUUUAGAAAUAGACCCAGAGGAUAAUAAUAGCGACUCGGUGCCGAUAAUCAUGGGUCCGGAAUCCGAUAUUGAAAUGGGCACAGCAUCAGAUUCCGAGGUCGACCCCGCUCGUAAUAGUGGGAUGAAUUCAACAAGCUCGGAAGCUAGUAAUAAUUUCUCAGGGGGUGGUAGUAUUGGCGUUGGGCAGUUGAGUUCUGAUAUAGAGCUCUUUGGAAGUACAAACAGCGAGGACCUAGAAGGAACCGAUGAGGAAAGACUGGGAUCAGGAAUGAUGCGGAGAGGGUUUGUCGCCGAACCACCUAUAUCAAAUGCCGAAGCUGUCGAUAGCUACGACGACAUUACAGAAUCUUCAGCGGAUGAUUCAUCAGAUGAUCCUUCAUCAAGUGACAGCGAUAAUAUGGAUAUGGAUCAUGAUCACGAGUCAGGGCAUCCGCCACCGAUAUCACCUCUUUAA